AAUUCUUGAUUCAAUUUUCAAUGUGUCUUGGCCAAACUACAGUAAUAAUGAUGAUGAUCGAAUUCAAUCGAUUUGUACCGGAUUCUAUGUCAUCAAUCAAGCAUCAAUCAACUUUUAGAUGGAUUAUCGAUUAAUCACAAGAAUUCACUUUUUUUUCGUUGUUGAACAAUCAAAACAAAUGUCCACAGGAUUCAAGAUAAUUAAGAAUUCUUGAGCAGAAUAUUUUCAUCGGUCAUGAUGACCACAGCUACAACAACAACAACGACAACAACAACAACAACAACAACAACAACGACGAAUGAAUGUAAUAAACAAGAAAUGCUUUCCAAUAAUAGUAUUCAAUCAUAUGAUGAUGAUGAUGAUAGAUUCAUCAAUUUUGAAUCAUUGUCAACAACAUUUGUUGUUAAUAAGCUGCCAUCCACAAUUAUGACUGAUGAACAUAUUGAUGUUGUUGAUGAUGAUGAUGAUGAUGAUGAUGAUUUUGUCAUUGUUCAAUCACAUUGCAUUGAUGAUAAUGAAUCAUCAACAGUUAAAUCAAUUUCAAAUGAACAUGAAGAAGAUAUUGAUCGAGAUUAUGAUGAUGAUGGUGAUCUUGAUGAUGACGAUGAUUAUGAUGAACCAUAUGAUAAUCAACCACCAUAUUUUAAAAAUCAAAUGUCAAUUUUAUCGAAUAAAUUAUCUGGUCUAAAUCGAUCGAAUUAUUUGAUGAAUGUUGAUUUCAUUAAAAAAGAUGAUGAUCGUGAUUCACUUGUUGGUACCAGUGCUUCAGAUGAUGAAUUAGACUCUACGUCUUGCCAUUCUAGAAUGAUUCUUAAUUCUUUGGAUGCAAAAAAUAAAACACAGUCAAUAGAAAUGACAACAAAAUCUUCAAUCAGAUUCUGUCCGUUUAAUAGUGAUAAAUCCGAUGACGUUUUGAUAAUCAAUAACAAUGACCAUGAUGUUUAUAAGAAAACAGCAGCAAUUUUAACUAAACAUUGUCAACAACAAUCAUCAUCAUAUUCACAGCAGCAACAGUCGCCACCGCCUUUAACAUCACAUUCACCAGAUACAAUUGAAUCAUCCGAUUGUGAUCAACAUUAUCAUUUGGACGGUAUGGAUACAGCGACAACAUAUUCAACCAAUUCAUCACAAGAUAAUUUAACUUCAUUAUCACCAUUACCGUCAUCACAGAAUAUGAUGAUGAAAUUAUCAUUACCACCAUCAAUGACAUGCACCGAUAAUCAAUCAUUACAAUCAACAUCGUCCAUCAUUUCAUCAGAUUCAUCAUCAUCGAAACCGAUUAUACAAUCAAUAAAUCCGAAAUUCAAAAAAAAUUAUAAUCCUGAAUUAAGUGACGAAUCGAUCUCAUCAUCUGAUCAUCAACGGCAACGACAAUCACCUUCGUAUCCUCCAUCAUCAACAUUAACAUCUAUUCGUAUGGCUGUUUCACAUUUAACCCGAUUGGAUGAUUUUAAUGUAGUCAAAUUAUCACAGGGUUUUUUCUCACAAGUGUUCAAGGUUAUUCAUCUACCAACGGGAAAAAUUAUGGUACUUAAAAUGAACAAAAAUCCUGGUAAUCGAGGCAAUGCAUUGAAAGAGAUUGAAUUGUUGAAUAAAUUAAAUCAUCAGAAUAUAGUGGCCUAUAUGGGAACAGUUGUUCAUGAAGGUGGAUUACAUCCAUUAUUAGAAUACAUAAAUGGUGGUACAUUGGAACAAUUGAUACAAAAAUAUUAUCCAUCAUCAUCACAAUGAAAUGUAACAUCAACAAAAGUUCAUCGGCUAUUGAAUCCUGAUCAAACAUUUAUCAAAUUAAUGCAAGAUGUAUGCCGAGGUAUGGCUUAUCUUCAUUCCCAGGGUUAUCUACAUCGUGAUCUCGCUUCGAAAAAUAUUUUUAUUCGUAAACAUAUUUGCGAUACUGAUUCGAUUGGCAAUUAUAAAACACAAUUUGAUGAUGAACGUUUAGAAGCUGUGAUUGGUGAUUUUGGUUUUGCAACUGGUGAACCAACAAAUAACGAACAAAAACUUUCAAUUGUCGGUUCACCAUAUUGGCUUGCUCCUGAAUGUCUCAGUAACAAGUGGUACAAUCAUAAAUGUGAUAUUUUCUCCUUUGGUGUCAUAUGCUGUGAGCUUAAUUGGCAUACGCCUUCUGAUCCGGAUUUUCUUCCACGUCUCGAUAAUUAUGCAAUUGAUUUUGUCAAACUGGAAUCGUCUCGUAUGAAUACAUUAUUAGCCAAAAUAGCAAUGAUGGCCUGUCAGUAUGAAUCGGAAAAAAGGCCUGAAUUUCAAGAAUUAUUGUUCAUAUUCAAUCAUAAUGAUGAUGAUUUGGUAGUAUCAGCCGCUAACCAUAAACAUCAAUCAAUGACGAAUUCUAAACGACCAGAAACGAUUGAAAGUGGCUUUCAAUUGUUGCCUCGAGUUCAGUUCAAACGUUUCAAUAGUUUAGAUUCAAACCUGAUUCAAUUUCGACCAAAUAGUGCCGAAUCAAUUUGCGAAUCCCAAGCUGAUGUUUUCGAACAGCAUUUACAACGACGAAGACAUUCAGCAUUGAAUCGACAUAAUUCUGUUCAAUCGUGGAUAGCGCAAUAAAAGAUGAUCAGAAUCAGAAUACAAUACUGGCAAUAGAAGUCCUUUUUUGUUUGUUUGUUUGUUUGUUGAUUGUAUAUAUUUUUUUGUGUGUGUUCACAUUCUAAUUUGUCAUUGUUUUUGUUGUUGAUGUUUUUUUUAUUAUAUUGUGCAAUAAUGUUUCUCAUAUCUAAUAAUUGUCUAUUGCCAUACUUAAAUUGCAUUUUUUUUUGACCUAUAUAAAAAAGCAUUUGGAUUUUUGGUCAUUAAAAAAAAUUUUUUUUUGGUGCCGAAUUAUCAUGU